AUGGCUCUUCCCUAUCCUCUCCCAACGAGACAACUUGGGACAUCAGGCCCCGUUGUUCCAGCCAUGAGCUUCGGGCUGAUGUCUCUGGGCGGAGCCUAUGGUGCAGCUGGAACCGAUGAGGACCGAUUCAAGGUCUUGGAUGCCGCAUAUGAUCUGGGUGCCCGCCACUGGGAUGACGCUGAUAUCUAUGGCGACACAGAAGAGCUGGUUGGGAAAUGGUUCGAGCGUAAUCCGGAAAAGCGCAAGGACAUCUUCUUGACAACCAAAUUUGGCAUUGUGAUUAAUGACCAGGGCAUGUCGCUCAGAAGUGAUGUGGAAUAUCUUCGAGCAGCCGUCGAGCGCAGCCUCAAGAAGUUGAAGACAGAUUACAUCGACCUCUAUUACUGCCAUCGUGUGGACGGAAAGACGCCAAUCGAGGAAACGCUCAAAGUCAUGGUGGAGCUGAAGAACGAGGGCAAGAUCAAGAACAUUGGACUGUCUGAAGUCUCAGUUGAUACGCUCAAGCGCGCAAGCAAGAUUCACCACAUCACAGCGGUCCAAAUAGAGUACUCUCCGUGGAUCCUCGACAUCGAACGUGGUGAGAAGGGCAACGCCGGCCUUCUUGACACUUGCAAUGAGCUCGGGACCGCAAUUGUUGCAUAUAGUCCGCUCGGUCGAGGCUUCCUCACCGGCACCAUCACAUCUCCCGAGCAAGUGAAGGGCGACUGGCGUGGUGCCAUUCCGCGGUUCCAGAAGGAAUUCUUCGAUCGCAAUAUGGAACUAACUAACAAAUUCAAGGACAUCGCGGAGAAAAAGGGCCUCACCACCAGUCAAUUGGUACUUGCGUGGUUGAUGCGACAGGGCGAGCAGAUUCACGUCCUGUUUGGCACGCGUAGUGCCGAGCGUCUGAAGGAGAAUCUCUUCGCAGUGACGGUACAGUUGACCGAUGAGGAGAACAAGACCUUGAGAGCCCUGUCCGAAAAGACUCAGAAUCUUGGUCUGAGGUAUCCCGAGGCCAUGUCUGUCAUCAUGAAUUAUGAAACUCCAGCUCUGAAGGCUUGA